AACAUCUUAAGUAUGACCCUUACACCAGCACCUCUCUCUUUCUAGCUCGACUUGACAGACAUCAGACAUGUCUCAUCGUAAAUUCCAUGCACCCAGACAUGGGCACAUGGGGUUCCUGCCCCACAAGCGUUGUAAGAGACAUCGUGGCCAGGUGCGCACAUGGCCCAAAGAUGACCCCAGCAAACCUGUCCACCUCACUGCUUUCCUGGGGUACAAAGCUGGCAUGACCCACAUAGUGAGGGAUAUGCGCCGCACAGCCCUAAAGGUGGCACAUCGAGAGGGAGUCGAGGCUGUUACCAUCAUUGAAACUCCACCAGUCAUCGUAGUGGGGAUCGUGGGAUACAUUCAGACUGUCCGUGGCUUACGUUCCUUUAAAACAAUCUUCGCUGAGCAUCUUGGUGAUGAGUGCAAGCGCAGAUUUUACAAAAACUGGUUCAAGAGCAAGAAGAAGGCCUUCACCAAGUACAGCAAGAAGUGGCAGGAUGAGUCAGGAAAGAAACAGCUGGACAAGGAUUUCGCUCACUUGAAGAAAUACUGUUCCACAAUCAGGGUUCUCGUUCACACCCAGAUGCGAAUGCUGCCCAUAGCACAGAAAAAAGCCCACAUCAUGGAGGUGCAACUGAACGGGGGAACCAUGUCGGACAAAGUGGACUGGGCUAAGGAGCGCCUGGAGAAAGCUGUGCCUGUUUCUGCUGUCUUCUACCAAGAUGAGAUGAUUGACGUCAUUGGAGUGACCAAGGGACAUGGCUUCAAAGGUGUGACAAGUCGCUGGGGCGUAAAGAAGCUUCCCAGGAAGACGCACAAAGGUCUGAGGAAGGUGGCCUGUAUCGGAGCCUGGCAUCCGGCCCGUGUGUCGUACACUGUAGCUCGUGCUGGUCAGAAGGGCUAUCACCACCGUACAGAGCUCAACAAGAAGAUCUACCGUAUGGGUCAGGGUCUUCACAUGAAGGACGGGAAGUUGAUCCAGAACAACGCCUCCACUGACUACGACGCCAGCCAGAAGAGCAUCACACCCAUGGGAGGCUUCCCCCAUUAUGGCGAAGUGAAAAAUGACUUCCUCAUGUUGAAGGGCUGCGUGGUUGGGCCUAAGAAACGUGUCCUCACCCUCAGAAAGUCUUUGCUCGUGCACACAUCUCGCAAGUCCACUGAGACUAUCGAACUCAAGUUCAUUGACACCACUUCCAAGUUUGGUCAUGGUCGCUUCCAGACUGCCCAGGAGAAGAAGGCAUUUAUUGGGCCACUGAAGAAGGAUGUCAGGAUAAAUCUGCCAGAGCCUCUAGCUGAGGAGGCCUGAAAACCUUUUGAUAUUUUACAUACAAUAAUUAAACUGAGUUUAAAAUACA